AUGUUUAGCAGGUCUAAGCUCAUCGCCUUCGCGGCACUCUUUGCGACCGUUGCACCUCCUACCAAUGCACAUACAUGGAUCGAAGAGUACCAGGUCAUCGGCCCCGACGGCUCCUACAUCGGCGACCGCGGCUUCAGUCGAGGCUAUGUCGCACGAACAGAUCCCACAUUCGAAGGCGACGCCAACUCGCUUUGGCUGCUACCUCAGGCGGAGUCCGUCAUGUCCGAUGGUAGCGUGCGACUACGUGUUAAUGCAAGCGACUCUCUCUGCCACCCAAACCAGCGGACGUCCAAUUACACCGACCAACGGUACCCGAAGCUGAAGGCUGCGCCGGGCAGCUUCGUCGCGAUGAAGUAUCUGGAGAAUGGCCAUGUCACUCUGCCUUGGACACUGAAAGGCAAGCCUGAAGAAGGCGGCACAGUCUACGUCUUUGGCACGACGAAGCCUAUCAACGAUGAGAAGAUCGUGAACGUCAUGAAGUGGAACAAGGAAGGAACUGGCGGCGAUGGCCGUGGAUGGUUGCUCGCCGCUCAAAACUAUGACGACGGACGGUGCCACCAGAUCAACGACUGCACUCUCUCUGUCGGACGUCAAGCAGUCUUCCCCAACAUGAUCCCAGACCAGAACGCCACCGCCGAGCAGUGGUGCGAGAGCGAUGUCCAGAUCCCGAAGAACGUCAAGCCAGGCACACUCACCACAUACUGGAUCUGGCAAUGGCCGACCCUUCCCGAGGAGGACUGCAUCUACCCGGAAGGCAAAGACGAAUACUACACCACCUGCGCCGAUUUCGAGAUUGAGGGCGACAGCCCAGGCGAAGUCAAGAUCGCAGACGAAGCGGCAACGAACACCUUGCUGCAGGAGAACUUCCAGACGAAGGCUGUCGAGACUUACAUGGCCCGCACAGCGCACACUACACAUGCGGUCACCGUGCAGGACUGGAACAUGAAGCUCGCGGCAACUACCAAGGUCAAUCCGGCUUGGUCCAGCUCGUGCAGCUCGUCGCUUCUUGCUUUACAACAACAGGCGGGCAUACCACCACCGCUCUGUCCGUCUGGCAAGUGGGCGACUGGGUCUUUGUCCGACAUCGUCGUUCAGAGUGCUUUGGCUGCUGCGAAGGCCACUGGUGGUGCUGCGGCUCAGAUCACUGCGAGCCCGCCGCCAGCUGCUACUGCGCCUCCGGUUGCGACGGGCGGUGCAGCGGAGACCUCUCCCGCUACCAGCCAAGCUCCGGCGCAGACAUCUGAGAGCAAGGGAGUCGCGCCGGUGCCAGCUCCAAGCAACAAGGCUGCAACGUCUCCACCUGCGAGCUCUGGCACCACUCCGACUGAAGGUAUGGAGACGGUCACCAAGACGACCUACUUCACGCAGUACGUCACCGUGCAGCCCAGCGAGAGCGCUCCACCAGCUGCGGCCUCUUCGCCGCCUGUAAGCCCGGAGGCAGCUUCAGCAUAUGCGAGCGAGUUCCCGACUAUCCUCACUCUUCCCGGCUCCUCCGCGCCCACGAAGACUAUGAGCGACGAUUGCGAGAAGAGCCCAGCUGCGCGGCACAAGAGGAGAGCUCACGCGCGACACUUUGCAUGA